AAAAGUCCUUCAGAUCCAUCAGUUGGAAGGUACUCAGUUGGUACUAACUCUAGGUUUUUUCAGAUUAUCAUAUGGGAUGGGGAUCGCCCUUAUUGGCGAAGUGGACCUUGGAAUGGAAACAUUUUCAUGGGAACAAGAUAUCAUAAUACUGGUUAUGGUAAUAUACUCAUUAACACCGGGUCAUUCGCACAGGAGGAAGUAAGAGGGAUGCUUUCUCUGGUUUUUACAGGUGCGAAUGAGACUUUGUUGCCUCGUUAUGUAAUAAUUGAUCAAGGGAUAUUAGCUGAAAGUGGUGGGAUGAUAGCAAGAAGAACAGGGGAAUUGCGUGGCAUGCCCCGGAAAAUAUAUGUGACACCUAUGGUAUGUGUGGAGAAUUUGGAAACUGCAACCCGCAGACUAAACCUAUGUGCAGCUGCUUAAAAGGGUUUGUGCCAAAGAACGCGGAGGAAUGGAGGAGAGGAAACUGGACAAGUGGGUGUGUGAGAAGAAAGAAGCUGCAAUGUGGGGUUCAAGGGGGAAAACAAGAUGGGUUUUUGAGGUUAAAGAUGAUGAAAGUGCCAGUUAAUGCUGAUAUUGCUGAAUGGUUUGUGGGUCUGAAUCUUGAUCAGUGCAGAACAACCUGCCUGGCAAACUGCUCUUGUUUGGCUUAUACACAUGAUACUGGAACUGGAUGUAUGAGAUGGAGCGAGAACUUGAUUGACAUAGAGGACCUUUCACCUGGAGGGGUGGACCUAUUCAUUCGGCUUGAACAAUCAGAGCUAAGUACUAGUAAGAGAUAUGACUUUAGGAACAGCAGUGAUUGCCACUAUCAUAUACUUCCUGUUCAAAUGGAGAGCUCGGAAAAAGGGUAAACACACAUCGGAUAGAAAUAGAAAAUCUAAAUCAAUACCAGAGAAAAAAGCUGGGAAAGCAACAGAUUCAUAUCUAUUCAAAGACAAAACCCAAGUAAUGAUUGAAGACUUAAAAGUCUCAAAACUUGAAGAUCUGAUAAUAGCAACAGACGGCUUUAGUGAGAGUAACUUGCUCGGGAAGGGUGGUUUUGGCCAAGGUAAGAAUGAGUUCAAUUCAAACAUGAUCUUACGUAGUCUAAAAUGCAACAAAACGUAGCAGGAGAUAAUAUGAUGUUUGUUUACAGGGUAAACUAGAAAAUGGUCAAGAAAUAGCAGUAAAAAGGCUUUCAAGAGCAUCUGGGCAAGGUGUAGAAGAAUUCAUCAACGAAGUUGAAUUCAUCUAAAAACUUCAGCAAUUUCAGAUUUCUAAUAAAGCUGUAAUCAAGCGAAACAGGAACAUCAUUAUAAAACGGAGGGAAUAGUACAUGUUAAAAGAAAAAAUAAAACAAAAACACUCAAAAUUACAUUAAUUAUACUAGUUCGUAUGUGAUAUAUUGCCUUUGGAUUCUAACACCUUAUUGCAGCUAGAUUGAUGGGGCAGUAAGCUGUGUAUCUCCUUUGUGUAUCUCCUUUAUCGUUAAAAUUAUGUACUAAUACAACGGGACAAGCGAAUCGACCCAAGGAUGAAAGGAAAUGAUCCUUUCGGUACCAUCUGGUAAAUUUGUGGCUUCGAUCUCCCUAGCUUGUUUGGAUUGUAGAUCACAGCAGAUGAAAACCUUUUGUAGAGCUCUUGUACGGUCAGCUAUUGCUAAUAUGAUACUGCGUCGUUCAUCUCGGAAACCCAAAUUAUAUAUUUUAGCAUGAUGAAAAUCAACAUGUUUCAAUUGCCCCGAGAGAUGAUGAAAAAUUCGAGUCCAAGAUAUCUUCUUCUUGUUUAAUACCCAUAUCUCCAAAGUAUAUGUUACGAUACACAACUGUCCUUCUAAAAUGGUCAAUUCUGAGUCAUCUUCACAGUUGGUAUAGUUUAUCUCUCUCUUUACCGGAUGGGGUAUCUGGUAAUACCUUUGAGUGAAAAGAUCGAAACACCUUAUUCCUGUAAACAACAAAGGAUUCAUCCAAUGGAAGGAGUUGUCAGCCAAGAUAGCAGGUCGGGGGCUCAUACAAAAUUGAUUCAACUGCCAUGGCGGGCUCGGUAUGUUCACCCAGGCAUCCGUUUUCAAACUGUAUAGUAGAGCUUUUUCGACAUUUCGAUCAUUCCUCUCCAUACAAAUGGCUAAAACCUUAUAAUCAUCGGAUACACUGUCAUAACCGAAUGCAACUUCACGUUUCAAUAAAUUAUUCAUCGGGGAAUUGAGUGGUGGUAUCAAUCUAGUGGCUCGAGUCGCAGGGUUGUAGAGAAACAGGCCUAGAUUAUUGUUGUAAGCAGAUUUGUAAAAGGGUUGUAAUGUUAUUGAAUGAAAACAAACUAGGCCAUUGCAUGAGCCUAAAACACCUCCCAUGGUGCGAGGCUUUAUGAUGUCUUUCGGAUAAGCAAGUUCCGAAGCAUGGUAAUAGGGAUGCUGCGAUGUAGCUCUAAAAGAGUAGACUUUGGAUUUCCAGCACUCGAAGAGGAAAUGCGUUUCCAGGUUUGCUUUGAGGGAUCGACUGCGAUGCAACUUCAUGAACUUUGGAUCUUUGGUAAGCAUAUACCACGAUGAAGAGACACAUGCAGAUCGCAGCAGAGACUUAGCGGGUAGCCAUGAGAGUAUCUCAGUGAUUAGUUCAAACGGAAGGUAGCAACAAUCGGUCUUCGCUUUCUUCUCCAUCCUCAGUAUGCUUUAAUUUAACAACUACAC